GGCGCAGUUUUACAGUCUCACAGCAGACUCAUUUUCUCAGAUUUUCCCUUUGCCUCGGUAGAAACCAAGUUAAGAAUGGCCUUCAAGGGAGUUCUUAAGGACGAAAACAUCACUGCAGCUCUUCAGGAGUGUCAAGCCGCUGACUCCUUCAACUACAAGGCCUUCUUUGCCAAGGUCGGCCUGAGCAGCAAGUCUGCUGAUGACGUGAAAAAAGCCUUCGAAAUCCUGGAUCAGGACCGGAGCGGUUUCAUUGAAGAGGAUGAAUUGAAGCUGUUUCUGCAGAACUUCGCCGCAGGCGCCAGAGCUCUGACUGAUAAAGAGACCAAGGCAUUCCUUGCCGCUGGUGACUCCGACGGUGACGGCAAAAUCGGAGUUGAUGAGUUCGCUGCCCUCGUUAAAGCAUAAAUAGAUCAAGUCAGACCCUCUUCCCUAAGGAACCACUAACAAUGUUGUCCAGACCUGCCUUUCUCAUCCAGAUUAUACACAUUUUUUACACAUUUUUUUUUAAAUGCCUACACAUUCUUCAU